AUGAGCGAAAAGGCAGGCCCCGGUGUUGGCUUCGAGUUCCCCAGCUACGAGGUCUCAUGGCUCAAGCGUGAUCUGCUUCUUUUCGCAGCGAGCAUCGGCGCUACUUACCCAGAAGAGUUGCACUUCCUAUAUGAGCUGCACCCUCAGUUCGCUGCUUUUCCUACAUACCCCAUCAUCUUGCCGUUCAAGCAUACCGACCAGGAAGUCAUUGAUUUUUACGCCCGCUCCAACGCCGAGCCCAUCGAUGGCGUACCCAAGUUUGACACCAAACAUGUUCUUGACGGCGAGCGCAAGCUCCAAUUCUUGAAGCCUAUCCCCGUGUCCAGCGAAGGCCGCAAGUUCGAGAUCAGGAGCAAGGUGCUCGGCGUUUAUGACAAGGGCAAGCCUGGCACAGUUGUUGAGACAGAACAAAGGCUUGUAGAUGCAGAGUCUGGCGAGACAUAUAGCAGGGCUGUGGGCAGUGGCUUCUAUGUCGGCCAGGGAGGAUGGGGAGGACCCAAGGGUCCCAAGGUUCCUAGCUACCCACCCCCCGACCGCGCGCCCGACGCGACCCGCACUGUCCAAACUACUAUGGAGACUGCACACAUUUACCGCCUGAACGGUGACUACAACCCCUUGCAUGCCGACCCCGAGCCAGGCAAGAAGAUGGGCUUUGGUGGACCCAUCAUCCAUGGUCUCUUCUCAUGGAACAUGUCUGCCCACGCCAUCUUGCAAGCGUUCGGUGCGAGCAAGCCUGAGAACAUGAAGGAGUUCCAGGCGAGGUUCGCAGCGCCAGUCAAGCCUGCUGACAAGCUGAUCACGGAGAUGUGGAGGACAGGGGAGAAGGUCGAGGGCGGAUUUGAGGAGAUCAGGUUUAUUGUGCGAGUAGAGGGAGGGAAGACAGUACUUACGAAUGGAAGAGCUGUGGUCAAGAUUGAGGGGCAGGUCAAGGCGAAAUUGUAG